AUGUAUCAUGAAGAUUAUGGUUUGUCGUUAAUUGAGCUCUUUGAAGGAAAUGCGCUCACUAUUACAAUAAUGGAUGGAAUAGGCAUGGCCGUCGGUUCGUUACUGUGGAAUACAGUAACAUGCAUCAUUGGCUGGGCUGUAUCCCGAUUUGGAUUAUUCGGGAGCCUCAAAAAAGUGCCUUAUGAUAAUGUAAUGAAUAUCAUCGGAGUCGUCGUCGUAUGUAUUGGAGGAUGUUUCUUUGCAACGAUCAAGCACCAUCCAAUGACGCCUCGGCCUGCUCCUUGGCAAUUGUCGCUAAUGCGAGAUGGCAACACGUCAAAGCCCGAACAAGAAAGGACGGUUCCCACAUCAACAAGAAUAACUGCCAUUCUUCUCACCAUAGUCACUGGUUGCCUUUACGGAAACAUGAUGACGCCGAUGAACUAUUUGAUUAUGCAGAGCGGAAACUUCGGGAGCACUGGUUACGUCAACAACAAUCUUCACGUAAGAAAUAGACCAUUCAUCAAUCCUGAACUUACUGUUCCUUCUUUAUCAUCGGGUUUGAUGUACGGAACCGCAACAUUCUUCUUUUUUUCAGCGAACCAGCACCUUGAUCCGAUAGUCGCGUACCCGAUUCUGGCGAAGGCACCUGGCAUCGUGUGCUCAGUUUGGGCAAUUCUGUUAUUCAAAGAAAUUAAAGGUCGCUGGGAUGUUUUGCAUUUGACCGCUGGCAUCUGUGUUACGCUCAUCGGUAUCACACUAAUCACAGUAUCAAAGGUCAAAUUAUAG